UAAUUGUCGCCGGAAGCGGACGGACCCUAUCCGCGUUCGUUCACAGUCUCUUAUAAGAAAGUAAAACGUACUUGAUCGAGUAAUCAGUUGAAUCUUGUCGCUGUCAACGUGCAGUAACGACUGCAUAAAUCUAACCUUGAUCACGAUGGGUAAUCGCAAUUCGUCUGGUAGAACGUCUCGUGCUACAGCAGUAUUUACCAGCUGCUGCAAGUGCCGCACCUACAGUCUUGAUGGCCCUGAUGCCGGCCGCGGCCACGAUGGCGCUGCUGUUCAACCAACUACCUCGGGUGAAACGAACGAACUACAACCUGUUGCCCCGAGAAGCGAAGAGUCAGUCGCCAAUCAACCACCGACUAACAACACUCACGAAAACCUGCCCAACUCCGAAAGCCCAGAAAUGUCGAGAAUAAGGCUGCCAAGACCACCUAGACGCCCUGUCGAUGAAGCUGGAAAAGCCGGAUUGAAGGUAAACUUGAUCGAUAUCCUGAUUGCUGAAAAUGGAAAAGACCAUCAUACGUUCGACUACGAAAUGAUGGAGCGACCGGUUGACGCCAACCUUGUGGUGCGCCGCGGACAACCUUUCCAUCUUCUAUUGAAUUUGAACCGCAAGUUUGAUCCGGCCAAAGACGCCGUCUCUCUUAUCUUCACCGUUGCAGACGCAAAAAUGCCGAGUCCGAGUAACGGCACGACUAUCGCUAUUCCCUUGCUUAACGACAACAGCAGCUCGUUACCUGCUGGAGGCUGGUGGGCUAGACUCGUAGCCUCUAGCGAACUCUCUAUUAAAGUGCAAGUCUGUACCAUGGCAACAAGCGUCGUCGGCGUAUGGAAAUUGGAUGUCGACACCAAAUUCAUCCCUACUGGCUCCGCUCUUUCGUACUCUUUGCCCUCUAGAAUCUACCUUCUCUUCAACCCCUGGUGCAGAGAGGAUCUCGUGUACAUGGAAGACGAAGAAUGGAAAAAAGAGUAUGUCAUGGCUGACUCGGGACUCAUUUGGCGUGGUAGCCACAACCGUAUGCGUCCGUGUGCUUGGAAUUUCGCGCAAUUCGAAAAGGACAUCCUGGAGUGUUGUGUUUACUUGUUGAGUAACGUCGGCAAACUGACCAUCGCAGGAAGAGCCGAUCCGAUUCGUGUCGUUCGUGCCAUUUCCGCCGCGGUGAAUUCAUCGGACGAUAACGGUGUGUUGGUGGGCAACUGGUCGAAUGAUUAUUCUGGUGGCACGGAACCCACCAAAUGGCAAGGAUCAAUGCUCAUUCUACAGAAGUACUGGGCGACUAAAGCGCCAGUCAAAUUCGGUCAAUGUUGGGUCUUUUCCGGUGUGACCACAAGCGUCUGCCGCGCUCUUGGCAUCCCUACUCGAUCCAUUACGAAUUUCUCUUCGGCUCACGACACUCACGGAGGACUAACUAUUGACACAUUUAUCGGCGACGAUGGCAAAGUCGUGGAAGAGCUCAAUUCCGAUUCUAUCUGGAAUUUCCAUGUCUGGAACGAAGUAUGGAUGCAGAGGCCCGAUUUGGAACCAGGAAAUUAUGGAGGAUGGCAAGCUAUCGACGCUACUCCGCAGGAGGAAAGCGAUGGUGUUUAUAGAUGUGGGCCUACGUCGGUGGCCGCCGUUAAGCGUGGCGAAGUUAAAAAGGCAUUCGAUACUGCCUUCCAUUUUGCCGAAGUCAAUGCCGAUAAGGUUUACUGGAAAUUCAAAGGCACCGGUCAGCCGUUGAAGCUCAUUGACAAGAGAACUGACGAAAUUGGCCUGUCUAUCAGCACUAAAGCUGUUGGAAAAUACCAGCGUGAAGAUGUUACAGAUCAUUAUAAGCAUAAAGACAAUUCGGCUGAAGAGAGGGAAGUGGUUUUGAAAGCCCUUCGUCAAUGCGGACAUUUGUACAGUCGAUAUUACCUUAACGAGGCCUUAGAAGACGUUCGCUUUGAUUUCCAGCUACGCGAUGACAUUGUUAUUGGACAACCUUUCAGUGCUGUCGUGAACGUAGCCAAUCGAAACCGCAGUAAAGAUUACAGCGUUGAAGUUACCCUACGCGUUGACUCGGUGCUGUACACUGGAAAGCUGAAGAGCGUAAUCAAAAAAGAAGUCUUUCAACGCACCAUUAAAGCCGGCACUGCCCAGAACAUUACGUUGCCCAUCUCGUACGCAGAGUACGCACCUGAACUUAGCGACCAAUGUGCCUUCAAUAUUGCCUGCUUGGCCAACGUCAAAGAGACCGAAUUCGAAUUCUUUUCACAAGAUGACUUCCGCGUUCGUAAACCUGACAUCGCUAUCAAGGCUCCGAAAGAAGUUCCGCUAGGAGAGCAGUUUGACGUGACUGUUUCUCUUAUCAAUCCACUCCCGAUUCAACUGAAUGGCGCUAAAUUCGUCAUCGAAGGGGCUGGACUAGGCACUCCAUAUAAGAUUAGCGUGGAUAAAGUGGCGCCUGGCAAAGAGGCCCGCGCUGAGGUUAAAAUGACGGCUGCUAAAGCUGGACAGAAAACUGUGUCUGCCAAAUUUUACUCCAAGGAGCUCAAUGACGUUGACGGAUAUCUCAACUUGGAUGUAAUCGACAAUACUGCCUAAAAAAAUCAAGUUUACUUUUUCUAUUUGAUAUAUUGACACAAUUAUUUUUCAUCUAGUUUGUCUAACUCUAAAAAAAAAGUUUAUGCGUGAUAAAACGUUACCAAAUUAGACAAGAGAACUCUAACUCUGCAAAAAAAAAUGACAAUUUCGUGUUUUACGUUUGAGGCGCGCAAGUUCAACGGUUGUUGGGAAGCUAAAAAUGGUGUUUGUGUUAAGCAAUUACUAAAAUAUACUGAUAAUAAUAAUACACGGCUAGAGCUAAAA